CUAGUUAACGUAAUCAACCACCGAGCGACGAAUACCACCGAGCGACGAAUUUUCCUCCACCCUACCACUUCCUUUUUUCAACGCGUCAUUUUAUCACCACCACUAUCAAAAAUGCCUUUAUCUCAAGAAAACCGAAUUCAAAUGGCUAUUGCAGCUUAUAAAAAUCAAAAAGUCAAAUCAAUACUGAAGGCUGCAGAGAUUUUUGGGGUGCCUGAGGCUACCCUUCGCGCUCGCCUUAAAGGAAGACAACCACGCGCAGAAACACGUGCUAAUGGCCAUAGAUUAAAGG